AGCAGUCCUCAACUCGGGGCAAUUCAGGCUUGUCUGCUUCCCUUGCCCCGCUCCGUAACUCUACUCAGGCCAUCAUGCCACCCGAAGCAUCAGGCAAAGCCGUUCUACAAGGCGUCGAGGGCCCUCCUGACUAUGAUCAGCCAGCCACAGUCCCGUCAAGGACAUCUUCGGAGACGCAUACCUCGUCGACCGAGUCCAAGAGCGGGAUUGUGAAGCGUGCUAUGGAGAGGACAGCGGACAAACUGCACAGAAGCAAGUCCUCCGUGACUGGGGCCUCGCUGUCGCAGAGCCAGCCAUUAUUGCCGGCAGGCAGCCAUAAACGGCAUUUCAGCCGUGGCAAGAAGGGCAAGGAGAGACUGUCAGCAGACGGUGACGGUGCGUCUCGCAGUGAACUCCUGCUUCACGCACAGAGCUCAGUACAUCGUGCUAGAUGAGACUGUUACAGCUCAGUCGCAGCGGCUCAGCCCUGUCUCGCACCCGUCAGGCUCUCGACGGCAGGGUAGGCAGUCAAGUGCACAGCAAGCGGACGACGAGUCGCCGUUUAUAACGCCCCAUUCUCCGCCUUUUGGACCUACUAGAUCCCUUCUGAGUAUAUUCAGAGGCGAUGGAUCGGUAAUUACUCGUCUCUGC